AUCAACUUUCAACGUCUGUCUUAUCUAUCAAUAAUCUCUCAUUCUCUCUUAAUCUUUACUAUGUCUGUGCCGGCAACUGCCGUAACACCACCGUUGGCCGAUGAUUUGGACAUCGUCAUCCCUACGAUCAGAAACCUCGAUUUUCUAGAGCAGUGGAGGCCCUUCUUCCAGCCUUACCAUUUGAUCAUUGUCCAAGAUGGUGAUCCAACCAAAACCAUCAGAGUACCCGAUGGGUUUGACUACGAGCUCUACAACCGCAACGAUAUCAAUCGGAUCUUGGGUCCUAGAUCCAGUUGCAUUUCCUUUAAAGAUUCUGCUUGUCGCUGCUUUGGUUUUCUCGUCUCCAAGAAGAAGUACAUCUUCACCAUUGAUGAUGACUGCUUCGUGGCUAAGGAUCCAUUAGGACAAGAGAUAAAUGCAUUGGCUCAGCACAUUCAUAACCUGCUAACACCCGCAACACCCUACUUCUUCAACACCCUAUACGACCCAUUCAGGGAAGGCGCAGAUUUCGUGAGGGGGUACCCCUUCAGCUUAAGAGAAGGUGUCACCACUGCCAUCUCGCAUGGCCUUUGGCUCAACAUCCCUGACUAUGACGCGCCUACUCAGCUAGUCAAACCCCUUGAACGUAACUCCAGGUAUGUGGAUGCGGUUUUGACCAUCCCAAAAGGAACAUUGUUUCCAAUGUGUGGGAUGAACCUUGGGUUCCAUAGGGAACUGAUUGGACCAGCAAUGUACUUUGGUCUCAUGGGUGAUGGUCAGCCCAUUGGUCGAUACGACGACAUGUGGGCUGGUUGGUGUGCCAAGGUGAUAUGCGACCAUUUGGGACUAGGGGUGAAAACAGGGUUGCCAUACAUUUGGCAUAGCAAAGCUAGCAACCCAUUUGUUAACUUGAAGAAAGAAUACAAGGGUAUCUACUGGCAAGAAGAGAUUAUUCCGUUUUUUCAAUCGGUAGUUCUACCUAAAGACUGCACAACCCCACAGAAAUGCUACGUUGAGCUCUCGAAGCUUGUGAAGGAAAAACUUGGACCUGUUGAUCCUUAUUUUGUGAAGCUUGCCGGUGAGAUGGUUACGUGGAUCGAUGCUUGGAAUGAGCUCAACCCGUCAGCCGAUGUGGCUCCGGUCAAGAAAACAGAUGCUGUUGCACCAAAAAAGAAGUAAACUAAUGCAGUUUUGCCAUACCUAUUUGUGUUUGGGAUAAGUUUGUUAAUUUUCAGUGUUCAUUAUUGUUGGAAUAAGGUUUCUUUAGAAACUGUUUGCUUGACGGCACUUGUUUAUGUUUCGAGGACAAUAAAGAGUUCUAACUUAUUUU